CGUCUGACAGGUCGGGAGGACAAGGGCAAGCGUGACGGAGUGAGAGAGCAGAAGCAGCAGCUCGGAGAACAGAAAGUCAGAUAACUAUCCGUCCUCGACGUUUCAGUCAAUACAGCUGAGAGCAGGUAACAAGAAAAGUAACGGUACAACAAUGAUGAUGAUGACCCAGGUGGAAACAACGGUGCACUAUAAUAAUGGCUACGAGGAAGAGUAUAUGCUACAGGAAGAUGAGUGGGACAGGGACAUGCUACUGGACCCUGCCUGGGAACAACAGCAGAGGAAGACAUUCACAGCCUGGUGUAACUCCCACCUGAGGAAAGCUGGUACUCAAAUUGAAAACAUUGAGGAGGAUUUCAGGAAUGGACUGAAACUCAUGCUGCUUCUGGAAGUUAUCUCAGGAGAAAGGUUACCCAAGCCAGACAGAGGGAAGAUGCGGUUUCAUAAGAUUGCUAAUGUAAACAAAGCGCUGGACUACAUCACAAGCAAAGGAGUGAAACUGGUCUCUAUUGGAGCUGAAGAGAUUGUGGACGGUAACGUAAAGAUGACCCUUGGAAUGAUCUGGACUAUCAUCCUCCGCUUUGCCAUUCAGGACAUUAAUGUGGAAGAAACAUCUGCCAAGGAAGGUCUUCUUCUGUGGUGUCAGAGAAAGACUGCCCCUUACAGGAAUGUCAAUGUCCAAAACUUCCAUGUCAGCUGGAAGGAUGGCCUGGCCUUCUGCGCCCUGAUUCAUAGACACAGACCCGACCUGCUCGACUACUCUAAACUCAACAAGGAUGAUCCUCUGGGGAACCUGAACCUGGCUUUCGACAUAGCCGAGAAACACCUGGACAUUCCCAAAAUGCUGGAUGCAGAAGAUAUCAUCAACACCCCAAAGCCCGAUGAGAGAGCUAUCAUGACCUACGUGUCCUGUUUUUAUCAUGCUUUUGCUGGAGCAGAGCAGGCAGAGACGGCUGCCAACCGGAUCUGUAAGGUACUCGGUGUAAACCAGGAGAAUGAGAAAAUGAUGGCGGAGUAUGAGAGACUGGCCAGUGAGCUGCUGGAGUGGAUCCACCGCACCACACCCUGGCUAGAGAACCGGACUCCGGAGAAGACCAUGGCAGAAAUGCAGCGGAAGCUGGAGGAUUUCAGGGACUACAGACGCCAGCACAAGCCCCCUAAAGUGCAGGAAAAGUGCCAGCUGGAAAUUAACUUCAACACCCUGCAGACCAAGUUGCGCAUCAGCAAUCGCCCUGCCUUCAUGCCCUCUGAGGGGAAGAUGGUGUCUGACAUAGCCAGUGCAUGGCAGGGCCUGGACCAGGCAGAGAAAGGCUACGAGGAGUGGCUCCUUACUGAGAUCCGGAGGCUGGAGAGGCUGGACCACCUGGCUGAAAAGUUCCGCCAAAAAGCCACUAAUCAUGAGAACUGGGCCAGCGGUAAAGAACUGAUGCUGUCCCAGAAGGACUUCGAAACAGCCACCCUGACAGAAAUAAAAGCACUGCUUCGAAAACACGAGGCCUUCGAGAGCGACUUGGCGGCCCACCAGGACAGAGUGGAGCAGAUUGCAGCUAUUGCUCAGGAACUAAAUGAGCUUGACUAUCAUGAUGUUGCUGCUGUGAACCAACGCUGCCAGAGCAUCUGUGACUUGUGGGACAAGCUGGGGACUCUGACCCAGAAGAGAAGGGAGUCUUUGGAGCGGACAGAUAAGCUGCUGGAGACUAUUGAUCAGUUGUUCCUGGAGUUUGCCAAGAGGUCUGCUCCUUUCAACAACUGGAUGGAAGGAGCCAUGGAAGAUCUGCAGGACAUGUUCAUAGUGCAUACCACUGACGAGGUCCAGAGUCUAAUCGCAGCUCAUGAGCAGUUCAAAGCUACCCUUCCUGAGGCGGAUGCAGAGAGACAGGCCAUCCUGGGAAUCCAAAAUGAGGUGCAGAAAAUCUCCCAGAGCUACGGGAUCAAGGCCAACAUUAUCAACCCUUACGCCACCAUCACAAUUGAGGAGCUCCUCAACAAGUGGGAAAAGGUGAAGAAGCUGGUUCCUCAGAGAGAUGGUGCCCUCCAGGAGGAGAUGGCCCGUCAGCAUGCCAAUGAGAGGCUGAGACGACAGUUUGCUGCCCAGGCUAAUCUCAUUGGUCCCUGGAUACAGACCAGGAUGGAGGAAAUCGGGCGCUUCUCCCUGGUGAUCGGAGGCACCCUGGAGGACCAGAUGACCCAGCUGAAGCAAGUCGAGCAUGUCAUUGUUGCUUACAAGCCCAACAUCGACAAGUUAGAGGGAGACCACCAGCUAAUCCAGGAGUCCUUGGUGUUUGAUAACAAACACACUAACUACACUAUGGAGCACAUCCGUGUCGGGUGGGAGCUGCUCCUCACAACCAUCGCCCGAACAAUCAACGAGAUUGAGACCCAGAUCCUGACCCGGGAUGCCAAGGGAAUCAGCCAGCAACAGAUGAAUGAGUUCAGAUCAUCUUUCAACCACUUUGACAGGAAGAAAAAUGGAGCCAUGGAGACUGAUGACUUUAGAGCCUGCCUCAUCUCCAUGGGUUAUGACUUGGGGGAGGUGGAGUUUGCACGUAUAAUGAUACUUGUGGACCCCAAUGGUACUGGAAAAGUCUCUUUCCAGUCCUUCAUUGACUUUAUGACCAGAGAGACAGCAGAUACAGACACUGCAGAGCAGGUUGUGGCAUCCUUCCGAAUCCUGGCAACUGACAAGCCAUACAUACUGAUUGAGGAGCUGAGGAGGGAACUUCCACCUGAACAAGCAGAGUACUGCAUCGUGAGGAUGCCGCCUUACGCCGGCCCUGGAGCACCACCUGGUGCACUGGACUACACCGCCUUCUCCACUGCCCUCUAUGGAGAGAGCGACCUUUAACCAACUAGACUUGCCAACUAAAUUUACUGACCAUUUAUCUAACUUCCCCCAAACCCAUUGGCCUGCUCAUCUCCUCAUGAUUUUAAGAAAUCUGUAAGAACGUUGGAUUAAAUAUGUUGAAUGAAAUGUGUUGUAAAAAUACUAGCUCUUUGACGCAUUAGACUGUCCAUGAUCAUGUAUCCUGGUACUUGUCUUGUGUCUCCUUGAUAAAUAAAACCCCCAAAAUAAUAUAAGUUUCCAUUUUCAAAUAAUUUAGUAAGCAACAGUACAUUGUAUAUUUUAUCUUGUGUGUCUUGGUAGUAGUGCAGAGAGAAGAGCUUUAGGAUUAAGGUUAAACUGAACAAGAAAUGUACUACACUAAAAUAAAUAAUCAUUCAGGAAAACUC